UAGAGCCAAGAAGAGACUGUGGAAAUGCAGAACCUUCCAGCUCUACUGCUCUUCUGUGGGGUUGUGUGCUCAGCCUAUCCAGUGGACAGAGCUGCAGAGGAUGAGAACAACAACAUGGAACUCACCCAGCAAUACCUAGAAAACUACUACAACCUUGGGAAAGAUGUGAAACCAUUUGUCAGAAGAAGGAACAGUGGUCCUGUCGUUGAAAAAAUCCGAGAAAUGCAGAAGUUCCUCGGGUUGGAGGUGACAGGGAAGGUGGACUCGGACACCCUGGCGAUGAUGCGCAGGCCCAGGUGUGGCGUUCCUGACGUCGGUGACUUCACCACCUUCCCUGGCAUGCCCAAGUGGAGGAAAACUCACCUUACUUACAGAAUCAUGAAUUAUACACCAGAUUUGCCAAGAGAUGCUGUUGAUUCUGCCAUUGAGAAAGCUCUGAAUGUCUGGAAGGAGGUGACUCCACUUACUUUCUCCAGGACUGAUGAAGGAGAGGCUGACAUAAAGAUUUCUUUUGCAGUUAGAGAUCACGGAGACUUUAACCCUUUUGAUGGACCUGGAAAUGUUUUGGGUCAUGCCUACCCACCUGGGCCUGGCAUUUAUGGAGAUGCCCACUUUGACGAUGAUGAACAAUGGACAAGCGAUACAUCAGGAACCAAUUUAUUCCUCGUUGCUGCUCAUGAGCUUGGCCAUUCCCUGGGUCUCUUUCACUCGGCUGACCCUAGCGCUCUGAUGUACCCAGUCUACAAUGUAUUGGCAGAUCUGGCCCGCUUCCAUCUUUCUCAAGAUGAUGUGAAUGGCAUCCAGUCCCUGUAUGGUGGACCUCCCUCUGAUUCCUCCAAUGACCCCGUGGUGCCCACGGAAUCUGUGCCUCCAGGACCUGGGACACCAGCUGCAUGUGACCCCACUUUGUCCUUCGACGCAAUCAGCACCCUGAGGGGAGAGUUCCUGUUCUUUAAAGACAGACAUUUUUGGCGAAAAUCCCUCAGGACACUUGAACCUGGGUUCUAUUUAAUCUCUUCAUUUUGGCCAUCCCUUCCUUCAGGCUUGGAUGCCGCAUAUGAAGAGACUAGCAAGGAUAUUGUUUUCAUUUUUAAAGGAAAUCAGUUCUGGGCCAUGAGAGGAACUGAGGUACAAGCCGGUUAUCCAAAAGGCAUCCACACCCUGGGUUUUCCUCCAACCGUGAAGAAAAUUGAUGCAGCUGUUUUUGAUAAGGAGAAGAAGAAAACGUACUUCUUCGUAGGAGACAAAUACUGGCGAUUUGAUGAGAAGAGACAAUCCAUGGAGCCAGGCUUUCCCAAGCAAAUAGCAGAAGACUUUCCAGGGGUUGACUCGAAGGUUGAUGCUGCGUUUGAAGCAUUUGGGUUUUACUAUUUCUUCAAUGGAUCUUCACAGUUGGAGUUUGACCCAAAUGCAAAGAAAGUGACACAUGUUUUGAAGAGCAACAGCUGGUUGAAUUGUUGA